ACAAGCAGAAACUUUUUCUACAUUAUUCUUCCAACUUCUACACAUUUUACUUUGACAAAUGGAGUCGCUUUCGCCGGCGAUCGGAUCAACUCCGAUUCGACCGUCGACGACUAUUUCCGGCGAAAAUGAGCUACUCAUCAGCUCCGUCAAGUCGAUUAAGAUGCCGCCGGUAGCUCGCCUGAAAAUGAGAAUGAGAGUUGCAGCUCAAUCAAGUAAUUUCGUCGUCCCUAACAACAUCGAUUUCAGCGAUCCGGAUUGGAAAGUGAAGUAUGAGAGAGAAUUCGAGUCUCGUUUCAAUAUUCCUCACAUCACUGAUGUAUUUCCCGACGCCGUUUCGUAUCCUUCCACUUUCUGUCUCAAAAUGAGAACUCCAGUCACUGAGGAUUUUGCACAAGGAUAUCCUUCAGAUGAAGAAUGGCACGGAUACAUCAAUAACAAUGACAGAGUACUUCUUAAAACUAUUAAUUAUUCCUCUCCGACUUCUGCUGGUGCUGAGUGCAUUGAUCCCGAUUGUACAUGGGUAGAGCAAUGGGUUCAUCGUGCUGGUCCUCGAGAGAAAAUAUAUUUCAAACCAGAGGAGGUGAAAGCAGCAAUCAUAACCUGUGGUGGACUAUGCCCAGGUCUUAAUGACGUUAUUCGACAGAUAGUUAUCACCCUUGAGAUAUACGGUGUGAAGCAAAUUGUGGGGAUUCCAUUUGGGUACCGUGGGUUUUCAAGCGAUGAUUUAGCUGAAAUGCUAUUAUCCAGGAAAGUGGUUCAAAAUGUUCAUCUUUCCGGUGGAAGCUUGCUAGGCGUAUCACGUGGAGGACCUAAAGUUUCUGACAUUGUGGAUAGCAUUCAGGAAAGAGGAAUAAACAUGCUCUUUGUGAUCGGUGGAAAUGGUACACAUGCUGGCGCAAACGCAAUUCAUGAUGAGUGCCGUAGAAGACGUAUGCAGGUAGCUGUAGUUGGUGUGCCAAAAACUAUUGACAAUGAUAUUAUGCUUAUGGACAAAACAUUUGGUUUUGAUACUGCUGUUGAAGAAGCACAGAGAGCCAUUAAUUCUGCUUAUAUUGAGGCACAUAGUGCAUAUCAUGGUAUCGGAAUUGUGAAGUUGAUGGGUCGUAGCAGUGGUUUUAUAGCUAUGCAUGCAUCACUAGCUAGUGGACAGAUAGACAUAUGCUUGAUUCCAGAGGUGCCGUUUAAUCUGCAUGGGCCUCAUGGUGUGUUGCAGCAUCUAAAAUAUCUGCUUGAGACAAAGGGAUCAGCUGUGAUUUGUGUAGCAGAGGGGGCCGGGCAGGAUUUCCUCGAGAAAACCAAUGCAAAGGAUGCAUCUGGAAAUGCUGUACUUGGAGAUAUUGGUGUUCAUAUACAACAACAGAUCAAAAAGUACUUCAAGGAGAUUGGGGUUACAACUGAUGUUAAAUACAUUGAUCCUACCUACAUGAUCCGUGCAUGCCGUGCAAAUGCAUCAGAUGGAAUUCUCUGUACUGUACUAGGUCAAAAUGCUGUUCAUGGUGCAUUUGCUGGAUAUAGCGGGAUCACAGUUGGUAUAUGCAAUACUCAUUAUGUGUACUUUCCAAUUCCAGAAGUCAUUGCUCAACCCAAGAUCGUGGACCCUAACAGCCGCAUGUGGCAUCGUUGCUUAACAUCCACAGGCCAGCCAGACUUUCUUUGAAUUAAAAAUACGCAGCUCAAUUUUUUUGCAUGAAACUUGCAAGUCUAUUAAAGGAGCAGGGAGCCAGAUUGAGAAAACUCAUGGCAUUGCCCUGUUCCCAACUGUUAAAAGGAAUAAUGCAAGAACAUGGGAUUCCUCAAUUUUUUGUGAAGGUACAUACCCGUUCAGAAGGGUAUACGUAGUACUAUGUUGCUCGGAUCAUCCAAAAAUGUUUAACACACCAGUGUCAGAUCCUCCAAACGCACAACUUUUGUAGGAUUUGACACACACUGGCAUUAUUUUUGACGAGUCUGAGCAACAUAGAUGUAGAAUAAAGCUAUCUUAGAGACCCUGAGUUAUGCAUUUUUCUUUGUUCCUUCACAACGCGAUAAACCAUUCUUCUAAUAGAAGAAAUUCUUCCUUGUGAACCAUUUGACGAAGAAAUAAAUACCACUUAUUUAAUACGAGUAUUA